GGCAGCGCCGCAGAACCCGCCCCGGUGCGCUGUCAGCCGGGGGGGCCCCACCCCGGCAAACCCUUCGUCUCGCCUAUAAGAAGCCCGGGUGCCCGUGCCCCCCCGUUCCUCCCCAGCAGGGCUGCCAUGGAGAGCUACCCCCAGCCCGUCGGCAUCAACAUGCAGCCCUACGGCAAGAACGGGGCAGGGACCCCGGCCCCCGCCUACGGCCCCCCCGGCACCGCUGGAGAGCGGCCAGAGCCCGGCCCGCGGGACUUCGUGCUCUGGUCCCUCUUCAACACCCUCUUCUGCAACCCCUUCUGCCUGGGCUUCAUCGCACUCGUCUUCUCCGUCAAGGCCAGGGAUAGGAAAAUCGCGCAGGACCCGGCAGGUGCCGGCAGCUAUGGGAGGAAGGCCAAGCAGGUGAACAUUGUCGCGUUCUGCCUGGGCGCCGUGGUCACCAUCAUCUGCCUCGUGUUUCUGGUUCAGAGCUACAAGAUGAUGUUGGAGGCAAUGAAACACCACUGACCCCAUCCCGCCGUGGGGCAGCGGCACCGGGGCCUCACUUUUCCUUCCUCUUCACCUCACUCAUCCAAAACCCAUCUGUCUUGUUCAUGGGGGACACAGGCGGCUCCCACGGGACCUUCCUCUUGCUCCCACCAAACGAGGGAGUGUCCUCAGGCACCCUCCUGCUGCACCCUGCCUGAGACAGCCCCCUCCUGCAUGAACCCGCGGGAUGAGCUCACAGCAAAUAAAGCUCCUUCCUCACA